UUUCUCCGGCACCGGCAGCGUCUUCUUUCCCUCCCCGGUCUAUGGUGGCGGCGGCGGCUCCUCGGGCGGCAGCGGAAGACGAGGCUGCAGCGUUGCCAUGAACAGUGGCGGCGGCCUCCCGCCCCCCUCGGCCGCCGCCUCCUCUUCCUCCUCCUCGCUGGCGGCGGCAGUGGCGGUGGUGGCCCCGCCUGGGGUCGGGGGUGUCCCCGGCGGGGCGGCGGCGGGAGUGAAGCUGAAGUACUGCCGCUACUACGCCAAGGAUAAGACUUGCUUCUACGGGGAGGAGUGUCAGUUCCUGCAUGAGGACCCAGCCGCCGGAGCUGCCCCGGGCCUCGGCCUCCAUAGCAACAGCGUCCCCCUGGCUCUGGCGGGCGCGCCCGUGGCCGGCUUUCCGCCCGGAGCGGUACCGGGCGGGGGAGCCGGGCCGCCCCCGGGGCCCAAAAAGCCGGACCUUGGGGGCCCGGUGGCAGGAGCCGCGGCCGGUGGAGGAGGCGGCAGCGGGGUCCUCGACGGACCGCGGCUGGCAAUUCCUGGAAUAGAUGGAGGUGCUUUAACUGAUACCAGCCUCACAGAUUCAUAUUUCAGCACCAGCUUUAUUGGAGUUAAUGGAUUUGGAAGCCCUGUAGAAACAAAGUAUCCUUUGAUGCAGAGAAUGACUAAUAGUAGCAGCUCCCCAAGCCUUCUAAAUGACAGUGCCAAGCCAUAUGCAGGCCAUGAUCCUCUAACUUCACCUGCUUCAUCCUUGUUUAAUGACUUUGGUGCCCUCAACAUCUCUCAGAGAAGAAAGCCAAGGAAGUAUCGCCUGGGGAUGCUGGAGGAGAGGCUAGUUCCGAUGGGAUCAAAGGCACGAAAAGCAAAGAACCCUAUUGGCUGCCUUGCUGACAGGUGUAAAUCAGGAGUACCCAUCAAUAUGGUUUGGUGGAACAGAAUCACAGAAAACAAUUUACAGACACCAAAUCCUACUGCAAGCGAGUUUAUUCCCAAAGGAGGAGCAACCUCCAGGCUCAGUAACGCGUCCCAGGCACAUGCGUCUGCCUUCUCUCAAGUAUUCUCUCACCCAUCCAUGGGGACUCCUGCUGCUGCUGCUGGAUUAGCCCCAGGAAUGUCAUUGUCUGCUGGAUCUUCCCCUCUGCACUCCCCCAAGAUCACUCCACAUACUUCUCCUGCUCCCAGAAGAAGAAGUCACACUCCAAAUCCAGCCAAUUACUUGGUGCCUUCUAGUGCCUCUACACCUGUUAAUAAUCCUGUCUCUCAGACUCCAUCUUCUGGUCAGGUGAUCCAAAAGGAAACUGUCGGUGGGACGACUUACUUCUAUACAGACACAACUCCAGCACCUUUGACUGGAAUGAGAUCUUUCAAAAGUUAUCACAGAACAGCUUGCCGAACUGAAGGUCAAAUAAUUGAGGUUUUUCCAAACUACCAUAUUUAUCCUCCAACUGCACCUCAUGUUGCUUAUAUGCAACCAAAAGCAAAUGCACCUUCCUUCUUCAUGGCUGAUGAACUCCGACAGGAGCUGAUUAACAGACAUUUAAUAACAAUGGCUCAGAUUGAUCAAGCAGAUAUGCCAGCAGUCCCUACAGAAGUUGACAGCUACCAUAGCCUGUUCCCUCUAGAACCACUGCCACCACCCAACCGGAUACAGAAAUCAAGUAAUUUUGGAUACAUUACGUCCUGCUACAAAGCUGUAAAUAGCAAAGAUGAUCUGCCUUAUUGCCUUCGGAGGAUACAUGGUUUUCGUCUUGUUAACACAAAGUGCAUGGUAUUGGUGGACAUGUGGAAGAAAAUCCAGCACUCAAAUAUCGUGACCUUGCGUGAAGUGUUUACCACUAAAGCUUUUGCAGAGCCUUCUCUUGUGUUUGCAUAUGAUUUCCACGCUGGAGGAGAGACUAUGAUGAGCAGACACUUCAAUGACCCUAAUGCGGAUGCCUAUUUCACAAAGAGAAAGUGGGGUCAACACGAUGGACCAUUGCCCAGACAGCAUGCUGGAUUACUGCCAGAAUCUCUUAUUUGGGCAUAUAUUGUCCAGCUGAGCUCUGCAUUGCGUACCAUUCAUACAGCAGGUUUGGCAUGUCGAGUUAUGGACCCAACAAAGAUUCUGAUAACUGGCAAAACAAGGUUGCGAGUAAAUUGUGUUGGAGUUUUUGAUGUUUUAACAUUUGAUAACAGUCAGAAUAAUAAUCCAUUGGCAUUAAUGGCUCAAUACCAGCAAGCAGAUCUGAUAUCAUUAGGAAAAGUUGUGUUGGCUUUGGCUUGCAACUCUUUGGCAGGAAUUCAGCGAGAGAAUUUACAGAAAGCCAUGGAACUGGUGACAAUCAACUACUCCUCUGAUCUGAAGAAUCUGAUUUUAUAUUUGUUGACUGACCAAAACAGGAUGCGAAGUGUAAAUGACAUCAUGCCCAUGAUUGGUGCUCGAUUUUAUACUCAAUUGGAUGCUGCUCAAAUGAGAAAUGAUGUCAUAGAGGAAGACCUUGCAAAGGAGGUUCAAAAUGGAAGACUGUUUAGGCUUCUAGCAAAAUUGGGAACAAUCAAUGAGAGGCCGGAGUUUCAGAAGGAUCCUACCUGGUCGGAGACUGGAGACCGUUAUCUGUUGAAACUCUUUAGGGAUCAUCUUUUUCAUCAGGUGACAGAAGCGGGCGCUCCUUGGAUUGACCUCAGUCAUAUCAUUUCUUGUCUUAACAAGUUAGAUGCUGGUGUGCCAGAAAAGAUAAGCCUCACUUCCAGGGAUGAGAAGAGCGUGCUUGUGGUGACUUACGGCGACUUAAAGCGGUGCUUUGAAAAUACUUUUCAAGAACUGAUUGCAGCUGCCAAUGCACUGAAUGUUUUGCUAGCACUGGGUGCUCAUCAUGCAACUAUGAAGAAAAUGUGGAAACUCAAAAGGUCAGGAAAGACUUCCAAGCACUUGCAACUGAUGUUACAGUCUUCAAUUUUAAUAACUAUACAUAUUUGUAGUUUUCAGAGAAGUUUUUAAUAUUUCUCUGUCCACUUUUUAUAAGCUUUAAAAUGAUUUUCUCUGCCUUGAGAUUUGCAUCAAGAAAAAGCACCUCUUCACCCAAAAUCUUUGAAGACUAGAGACACGCUUUACAUGUUUUAACAAGUGUGUUUGAGUCCACGUCUGGUAGCAUCAGUUGUUGAGUUAAAAAGAAAAUCAGUUAUUGCAUUUGAUCAGGAUGGAUUUUAAAAGAACAUAAUGCUCAAUAUUCAAAGGAUAAUUAACAUUUGCCACCAUAAUGUUCUUUUUUUAUGUAAAAGGAACAGGAACUUGGAGACAUUAACAUGCAAAAGUCUUUUAUCAUUAUUAGCUCAUGUAUUUGACAAAGAGCAGCUGUCUUUUUAUAUGUUUUUUGACAAAUCAUAUUGUAAUUCUUUUGUACAAAAAAGAACUACUUGUAUUCUAGAAGAAAUAUGAAAUGCUUAAUUUAUAAGCGGGCUGGAGAUUUUUUCCAAUAUUGUUUUCUUUGAAAAUGAAAGGGGAUCAUCUAUUUUAGUUUCAGGGUCUGGGAACUUUUUGAAAAUUUAAUUUGUGGACCAGUGUUUUGCAAAAGCUAAGGAAGGGCAGGGGUAAAAUAGGGCUUGAUUUUCUCAUUCUGCGUAGACCAGCAAACUUCCCUCUGCGAGGCCGGUUCAAAUCACAACCCCAAGAGUGUUUGCAUCAUAAAUGCUAGCUUGCUUCAGCCCCUAGUAACCUCAGGACUUGGUUUGAAUAAAAAGGUAGACAGCUGAUAUGUUUUCAUGAGUAAAUAUUGUCAGCCAGAAAACAGUUGGUGUCAGGUAAUACGUUAUUUUUUUUAAGCUUUGUUUUAUAUUUAUUUUUCAUUUAGUUUUUAUUGGGAAUGGUUUUCAAUAGAACUCUUAGUUCUGCUUAGGUGUUUUUUGGGGGAGCCCUCUUUUCCAUAGUGUAAUUCCAUUUAACAGGUUGUCUGAAAGUUAGUCUUUUUAAUUCAUAGGAAGAUUUUAAUAUCUGAAAGUACUCAAAUUAAGGAUAUAAACUUGCACACCUUCCUGUUAUGACAGAUACAAGCACAGAACGGACAACCCUUGAAAUCAUGUAACGUUGGUCAUUUCAGUUUUUUGUUACCUAUUUUAAAAUCUGUUAAUGUAUUUACUUCAUUGUAAAUAUUUUUGAGGGUACCUUUGUAUUUUGCUUUUGGCCUUGGUUCUGUAAUUUGGAUGUCAACAACUUCCCUGAAAAGCACCAGUAUGUUAAGUUCUAAUGUCAUGAUCCCAAUAUGGGUUAUUCAUCUUUAAUCCUGUUUUCAGUCUCUACGUGUACAGCAGUAUUUUUAAUAAAGAAUUACAGAGAGAAGAUGGUCCUUU